AUGGUUGUCCACGCUGACCUCAUCCAACUCAACCAGAGGUCUCUGGAGACCCUUGGCCAUUGGCAGGAGCUGGCUCUCUCCCCCUUCCCCACCGAGAGCCCCUUCUCCAGCCUGGGGCAUGAGGCGGAGCUGCUGCCGGCCAACCUGAGCAACUCCACCGACUGCGGAGAGGAGAUCCUGCUCUACGGCGACGUGGAGAAAGUUAUCAUUGGGGUCGUGCUGUCCAUCAUCACCCUGUGGACCAUCGCGGGCAACGCCAUGGUCAUCAUCUCGGUCUGCAUCGUCAAGAAGCUGCGGCAGCCUUCCAACUACCUGGUGGUGAGCCUGGCGGCCGCCGACCUCUCGGUGGCUCUGGCCGUCAUGCCCUUUGUGAUCAUCACCGACCUGGUCGGCGGAGAGUGGCUCUUCGGCAAAGUUCUCUGCAACGUUUUCAUCGCCAUGGAUGUCAUGUGUUGCACGGCUUCUAUCAUGACCCUGUGUGUGAUCAGUGUGGACAGAUACUUGGGAAUAACCCGUCCUCUUACGUACCCGGUGAGACAAAAUGGGAGGUCAAUGGCCAAAAUGGUGAUAACUGUUUGGCUUCUUUCGGCAUCCAUAACCCUACCGCCGUUGUUUGGAUGGGCCAAGAAUGUCACAGUGGAUAGAGUGUGUCUCAUUAGCCAAGACUUUGGGUACACUGUCUACUCUACAGGCGUUGCCUUUUACAUCCCCAUGACCGUCAUGCUGAUUAUGUACUACCGGAUAUACAAAGCUGCGAAGAUAAGUGCAGAAAAGCAUAAGUUCAUGAGCAUUCCCAGGCAGUACGAGCAGGACGGGGUCUACACUAUGGAGGAGGAUGUGCGUGCCCACCAUGCCACCAGGAGGUCCAAAGCCGCGGAGGAAUGCGCCAUCUUAUCAAAGCUCCUCAAACAUGACCGCAAGAACAUCUCUAUCUUCAAGAGGGAGCAAAAGGCAGCCCGGACCCUGGGUAUCAUUGUGGGAGCCUUCACGUUCUGCUGGCUGCCUUUCUUCCUGCUGUCUGCUGCCCGUCCCUUCAUUUGUGGCAUCGAGUGCAGCUGCAUGCCGCUGAGGUUGGAGAGAACGUUGCUGUGGUUGGGGUACACCAAUUCUCUCAUAAACCCACUCAUCUAUGCCUUCUUUAACAGGGACCUGAGGACUACUUUCUGGAACCUGCUGCGUUGCAAAUACAGGAACAUCAACAGGAGGCUGUCGGCUGCCAGCAUGCAUGAAGCGCUCAAGGCCACCGAGAGGCACGAUUGCAUAUUGUAG